AUGACACUAUUUGAAGCUCUUUAUGGAAGGAAAUGUAAGACUCCAUUGUAUUGGUCUGAACUAAGUGAAUCCAAGUUAGUGGGAGUCGACUUGAUCCGAGAAACUGAAGAAAAAGUUCAGAUUAUCCGGGACAGUUUGAAGAAAGUACUACGAUUCGGUAGGAAAGGAAAACUGAGCCCAAGAUUUAUUGAACCAUAUGAAAUUGUUGAAAGAAUUGGCCCUGUGGCUUAUAGAUUAGCUUUACCAAUGGAACUUGAGAAAAUUCAUAAUGUGUUUCAUGUAUCAAUGUUGAGACGGUACAGAUCUGAUCCUUCACACGUGAUUCCUCAUAGUGAAAUUGAGCUACAACCAGAUAUGGCGUACUCGGAAGAACCGAUGAAGAUUUUGGCGCAAGAGGUUAAAGAAUUACGGAAUAAACGAGUACCGUUAGUUAAAGUGUUGUGGCAUCGUCAUGGUUCGGAGGAGGUAACCUGGGAAACAGAAGAAUUGAUGAGAUCACAGUAUCCAAGCUUAAUCUCAGGUAACAAAUUUUGA